AUGUCACCUCCUCGUCGCCGUUCGGCCAGGUUGGCCAGCUCUGUCAAGAGCAAGGCCGCACCCGAAUUAGGGCCUGUCACGGAGACUGAAGAGACGCCACGCAACAGUAAGAUGAGGAAAGUCGAUGCGGACACGGCGAUGGAAUCACCUCUGCCGGAACCGAGCACGCCCGCGUCGUCGGCUCUGAAGCCCCCUCGCAGCGAAAUGCAUCCCAGCAAAUAUCACCUCAGCACUGGCGAUCCCUCAUCUGCUCUCAGGCUGGGUUUCUCCGACAUCCCCAAGGAAACAUCCACCCCUGGUGGCCAGGAUGGAACCCCAAGCAAAAUCAAUCGCGGUCCUUGCUCGAAGUUUUCUUUCCGAGCUGCUCGCGCAUCUGCAGACACGGAAUUGAGCAGUGAGGCUCAGCGUAUGCUGAGCGAGAUACGCGACCAGGCCGCCAAGAUCAAGGCCGAACUCAUUGCGUCGAGAGAGGCCGAGAGCGGUGUGAACGGUGGUGGCAGACCCUUUGCCAAGCCAAAAGGCAAGGUUGGGCGAUAUAGUGCCGCACAUAUGGCCGAGUUCAAGAAGAUGGAUUCGAUUGAAGGUCAUGCCUCUGCAUGGAGGGCUCAAGAGGGACGGUUUACUCCUGUUCAGUCAUUGAAACGGACCUCUUCCAAGGCAAACCUAGAAGGCGCUGCAGCUUCACAGAGGAGUGCUGCUACUCAGAGAUCCCCUGCCAUGGCAGACACCGAGGAGACGCAGAAUCCACUACCCAAGCCUAACUUGAAGCGCAAGUCGUCUGCUGCCAACCUAGAUAACGACGACCCCGCAGACUCAAAGCGGCGCAACGAGAAUGCAAUCUCCGGAAAGAGCUCCAUUGUUGCUCGAGAGUACAGUGCACCUGCAGCAAAGAGGGUCAGGAAACGCCACGAUGAUGCUGCUGCUGCUGCUGCUGCUCUUACUGGGUCAGGGCGUAUUUCGCCAGCAAACCCCAGUUCCGUCUUUUCUCGACUUGCCACCCCAAAACAGGCCGCCGCAGCUCCGUCGCCAAUCAGCGCAAAAGGCGCGACGAAACCGACCAUCUCCUUGCUCCGGUCGCCAUCGAAGUCGAGCCUUCAUAGCUCGACCAUAUCUGCUUCAGGGAGCAGUCUAAAUCUGCCUCUGUCCAAGGCCUGGGAAAUGAAGCGUCGCAUCAUCAGCCCCCAGAGCUUCAGCAAGGUGAAAUCCCUCCUUCGAGGAGUCAAAGGGAACUCGGAGGAGAAAUUGACGGCUAUACCUCAGCCUCAAAUUUCGCGGACACCAGCUCCGCCGAGAGUGAAUAAGGAGCUCCCUCCAAUCCCACUGACUACGCCUCGUCGUAAAUUGACGAAGAAGGUUACCUUCACUCCUGAAGUCGUAACUGCCGUGAAUGCUCAAAACUCGCCCUCGCCACAGAGAGUUGGCAACCUGAAACUUCGGCCGGCCUUGAAAACCAUCGAAACGCCCUAUUCGGCUCUCGACGAAGUUUUGACAGAGCCGACUCCUAGCAACUCUCUGUAUCCCGAUCUCUCGCCUCUGAAGCAUCUCAUGGGCUCUCAAUCACACCGAGCCGUUUCUGGUUCUCCCUCAAUGGCAGGGACUUUUACAUUUCGAAGUGACCACACAAUCAAGUUUGGUGAUGCCUCGUCAGCGGGUUUCGGCGCGUCUCCUGGCCAAUCUAGUGUUCGGCAUGUUAGUGCCACAGCCGUUCCUAGCAAGAUGCCCGGCAGCUUCCCGCCACCGCCCUCUCCCAGUUCUCACCCUAACAAGGAAAAUACGGCCCCGACUGUCGCUAAGAUGUUAUCUGGAACGGCGCAUGGAAUGCAGAAUAAGAAACGCCACCGAGCUACUGCGGAUGAAGAUGACUCCGACAUUGAGCGAGCAGCCAAGAAGCGAAAGAAUGUAAACGUGCCAGAAGGGCAGGCUCUUCUUGCACCCAGACUUGUACAAGGCAAUUCCGCAAGGACUACCAGGACCAAGAGCCAUCGAUUCACUCGAACCCCUGCCAAGGCAGGAAACAAUCAAACUUCCGGAAAAACUCCGAUUCGCGCUGCCGUAGGAGCCAGUCCAACGAAAAAGGUGGGUGGCCUCAGUAUGAGCCGCCUCAAUAUGCUAGCCCAACCAAAGAAUCGUGCUUAG